AGACUGGACUGCAUGAGGCUUUCUGGAGGAGUCCUGGAGGGGCUGUUUGUUACGACAGGCAGACCCCACGAGCUCAGCUGGGGCUCUGCAGUGUCAUGCCCUGGAGCCCCCUAGAUGCGCUGAGCUGGGCGCUGGUGCUGCGGCUGCUGGCAUUGCUGCGGCCCCCGGGGCUGGGUGAGGCGUGCACCUGCGCUCCUGCGCACCCUCAGCAGCACGUCUGCCACUCAGCUCUAGUAAUUCGGGCCAAGAUCUCCAGUGAGAAGGUAGUUCCUGCCAGUGAAGACCCUACUGACACUCAAAAAAUGAUCCGGUAUGAAAUCAAACAGAUAAAGAUGUUUAAAGGGUUUGAGAAGGCCAAUGAUGUUCAAUAUGUCUACACACCAUUUGACUCGUCUCUCUGCGGUGUGAAGCUAGAGACCAACAGCCAGAAGCAGUAUCUUUUGACUGGCCAGAUUCUCAGUGAUGGAAAAGUCUUCAUCCAUCUGUGCAACUACAUUGAGCCCUGGGAGGACCUGUCCUGGGUGCAGAGGGAGAGUCUGAAUCACCACUAUCACCAGAACUGUGGCUGCCAAAUCACCACUUGCUACGCGGUACCCUGUACCAUCUCAGCCCCCAAUGAGUGUCUCUGGACAGACUGGCUGCUGGAACGGAAGCUCUAUGGGUACCAGGCCCAGCACUAUGUCUGCAUGAAGCACGUUGAUGGCAUCUGCAGCUGGUACCGGGGCCACCUACACCUCCGGAAGGAGUAUGUUGACAUCAUCCAGCCCUAGUAGAGACCAGUACCAGUGACCACCACAUCCUUGGAAGAGUCCUGAAAAUGAAGCCAGUUCUCUGUGGUACUCUGGCCAUCACCACCUGCCAUGUUGCUGCCAGAUGACAGGAAGUGAUAAAUGGGUGGCCUGGCCAGCAUCAUGGCAGUUGUGGAACAUUCCACAACUUGUGUCCAUAUCUCCAGCUUACAACUUAUCAAGGGUUGGGGAAGGUAGUAUGACUUAGCUGCCUUGCCCUCAGCCCCUCUCCCUUGUCUCCUAAACCUUGGUAGUCUAGUUUAUACCUAUUACUGAAAGUUUUUAUUCUGGCUUUGUUUUCUCUAGUCAGGAAAAUGUAAGGGAGAAGCUGUGAGUGUCGUAAGAUGGUUCCACCUCAUGAUGUAUGCCAUGGAAGGGGGUGACUGUAUAUUGAGUAGGCUGGUUGGCUGAAAUGAAAGAAUGCACUAAAGCUCCAUAUCCUCCACUCCCUAAUCCUCUGACACAUUUUCAUCUGCUUCAAGAACACAGUGAGAGCUGCACAGCCCACUCUUCCUGGUGCCCUGCAAGUCCCCUGAUACUAUUGCUGGCAGAAGGUUUGGCCCAGUUAGCACACAUCUCUGAACAAGGAAAGACUUACUACACAAGAACAAGCAUUUCCCUUCCAUGUUAAAUAUCCCUACUACCUUCAGUUCAUGUCCAGGAACUUUCUUCAGCCUCCUUUAGGUUGCUAAUGUCUUUGUUCCUACCUUAGAACUUUGUUUUUAAGCAAAAACAAAAAGAUGAAACAACAAUAAAAGUGACCCCAGAGCAUGGUCUUCUCUAAGGCCAAAAUGCAGUAGAGGGUAGAAGGGAGACAGUUUUUAAAAAACCCUCUGGGGGAAAAGAUGCUAACAGGGAACACGGCUUGCACUUGGUUCAAGUUUCUUCAGCAGCUAUCCCUGCCUGGUGAUACAGCAGCAGACAGCUAGCUGCGACUCACUCAGAGUAUUUCCACCCUUCAGCUAAGUCCCCUCACCUCUGUGACUUGGACUCUAGAUACCAGCCCCUGGAGGCUCCUCAGUCUUCCUGGUUUGUCUAAGUGGGAAAACACUGACAAUGGCCUCAACGGUUUAUUAAUUCAUAGAACUCAAUAUCCCAGAACCUUUUCCUGGGGAAAUCUCUGGAAAAGAUGGUUGGGAUCAUCAGGUCUUUUGACAACUUAGGACUGUUUUUCAUUUUGAUAUGUGGUCAGCUGGUGAUAGGGCCAUGUGUGCUGUGUUGGAAGAAGGUGCUGGAUUUAAAUGCAAUGAUAGAGCUCCCCUUUGGAGGAGUGAGUAGGAGGGGACCAAACAUGAUCUCUGUCCCAGAACACAACACUGGCAGUGAGUCUCCAAGUGAGAACAUCCAGUAAUAAUCCACACCAUCCUUGGGCAGAGGGAGUGGGGUGGGGAGAAAGAUGGACAGUAACCUCCAGGCUGUUCCAUAUGAAACAUCCUCACAGCUUUCAACCAACCAGUUUUCUUUUCCUUCUGACCUCCAGGGGUGAAUUCAGAGAAGGCAUAGGAUUAACUCUGCUUUGUCACAAUUUGGAGGUAGUGAAGGAAAUGAAGUCUAGUGGAGAAUAACAGAAGCAACAGCUUCUGUCUCAGGAGGCUUCACACCCACCAGAAGGCUAUUACUUGAGGGAUCUCUCUGAAAUCAUAUGCACGUCGUAUCAGAUAUCCUGUUCAAGGGUAACUAUUCCCACUCGGCAUGGUUGAGAAAUUGGCAUAUAGUGAGAGACUGUAACAACCCCAGAGACACAUGGCAAAGCUUGAGCUAUAUUCAAAACUGUGAAACUUCCUGAUUGUUGAUUCACAGAUUUAUUACUCUCUCACAUUAAAAUGCCCUUUGUUUCUGCUUUUCUCCUCUGUCCCCAGAAUCGAAAAACAAAAAGCUGUUGGCUAGAAUCUGGCCACUUCUGCUGCUCUAAGCAGCUAAGCAGCUAUAGCUACCUGAGGUUUUGCUGAGGCCCUUGCCAGACCUCCAGAGUCACCAUGUGGCCAAGAGUAGGAACAGCAUAGUCAAGGCGCCACAUAGCCACCUACCAUCUCUCGGUGGUUGGGAUAGUAUGUCUGCUCAAUGAGUGGGAAUUUCUCCCCUCCCAGGGUCUUGAAGAUGGCUACCAUCUGGGCAAACUGCAAAAGACAAGAAAGAAUUUCAUUGUAUCUUCAACUUCUGGGCCAGACAAAACAUCCACUUGUCAAAUGAAUAAUAGAGCAUUUUUCUCUGUAGAAGACACUGUGUUAAAUAAACUGACAAUACUGAGAAAGGAAAGGCACAUGCAAUUUCAAGGAUAUAUGCUUUAGUAGAGGAAGGCAAAAAGAAAACUGGUAUUCGUGGAGGACCUGCUUAAUUUUGAUAGUUUCCACCCAAUCUUCUUUUCAAAUUGAAAAGGCUGAGAAGGGGUAGGGACCUUCACUUGAAUCACAGUGUGUUACACUCAGUGGAGGCAGGAGGAUGACGAGUCUGAGGCCAUCCUGGACUACAGAGUGAGCUCCAGGCCAUUGUGUUGGACUAAAUGAUAAAAUACUAUCUCAAAUAAAAAUCAAUAAUAGAACUGAAAAGAGGUGAAGCUAGGACUGAAAAUUGAACUCUUCUGAGUAAUGGAGCAAGCUGAAGAGGUAGCAUGCCAAGUCUCAGAAGUUCUAUCGCCAGGCAAAGAAAUAAAUGACAACCCUCCCAUGUGCUAUACGUGGCCACCAGAGUCUGCACAAGAGGUGGCAUGAAUGUGGCUGUUCUUCAGGAAGACUGGAGGGUCACAGUGGUAAAACGUACAGAUCCAUCUUCCUGGUACUGACUUGCUGGAAUUACAAGCACUCAACUUGCUAGACCCUUUAAUCUGUGGCAAAAAUACUCACAGACUAAGAACAGAGAGGUUAGCUGCCUUGAGUCACUCUCUUGAGCAAGAGCCACUGCCAGAUCCUUCACUCCCAAUCUGAAUUUCUCCCCAAUCCUCUGAGUAGCUAUUUUUCAGAUUCUACAGAUCAUGCACUUCUCAUGGGAAACAGAUCUUUGCUGCCUGGUUCACAUUUAUCCAGUGAUGCCAACCCCUGCAUGGGCAGUAGGGGAAAUCUAGCAUCUUCUCUAUAGUGGGCUCAGUUCAGGUUACAAAUCGCCAAUAGCAUGGUCAGUUGCAAGGGAGAGUUGUUGGACCAACCUUGUCAAAGACAGGAAAGCUAGGACAUUUUUUCUCCCAAAGUUCAGGUCCCAUUCUCUGUAAGGGUUCUUAGCAUAUGAGCUAUUCUGGGACAGUUUCUAGCAAAGUGAAGUCUCCUAGUGUUUUUCUUUUAACCCACUAGUUACCUUUGGACAAAAGGUCCCUCCCCGGCUCCCUUUUCAGAUUUAAGCAGAGAAGGGUGUGUUCCUUCAGUUUCUCACACAGGGCAUUAGGAAGAACAUCUUUUAUUGCAUUAGCCUUAAACUCCUCCAUCAGACUGUGGUCCUUUUGUGGGGAACUAGUAACUUCAGAGGUCAAAGACUUCCUUUAGAAUUGUUGAGAGAGGCCUCAGCCUCCACACCAGGGCUGAGGAGACAGGCUAGGGAAGCCUGAGAGCAUACCUGCAUUGAAGCUAUACUGGGAGAGUGCCCAAGUUUCUUUAUUCAGUACCCACUGCAUCCUCUAUUGUUCUCUGUUUAUUUCUCAUCACUGGAUUCUUCAGUUUGCUCCGACUGACCCUCAGCCCCUUCUUUCCUUCCUUCCUUCCUUCCUUCCUUCUUUCCUUCCUUCCUUCCUUCCUUCUCCAAUUCUUCCUACUACCUCACCUGAUCUUCAGAUCUACCUGCCCACCUGGACCUGGCAGGAUUCCUCUUCUGCCUAGGCUUCUGAGGCUCUCCAGCAUCCCCAGGGAACUGAUGCCAGCUCUGCCUAAAGACCUCUGUCCUGCUGCAGCCCACACUCUGGCAUGGCACCAAGACAUGUGGGGCGCUAUCUUCCCUACGUGUGGGUGAGUUACACAGACAACUACAUGGAUGCCAGGAAGGCCUCAGGCAGACUCCCAGAGCCCUGGGACAGCCAAGACUAAAAUGACAGCCAGUUCCCAGGCUCCAGUUGGGUCCCUGAAAGCCCACUCUACCCUCCUUACCCCAUUCCCUGUCUGAUUAAUGGACUGGACUUGGCAUCAAACCUCUGCCUCCCUGGAAACUUAGAUUAAGUUGCAAGUACACAGUUACCAAUUAAACAAAGGUAAUAUCUGA